AUGGCGAAGAAAGGAACAACCAACGCCUUCCUCCAGUACAAAGAAGACCGAGCCAUCGGGGAUCGGGACAGCGACAGCACGGCUCUGUGUGUGAAGAACCGGUCGGCCUUUGAACACCAACAUCACCACCUGCUGCACUGUCUGGAGAAAACCACGAACCACGAGUUCACCGAUGAGAUGAACUACAGCGAGCUGUGCAUGACCGAGUCAGUGGGCUUCCGGACCAGUCGCAGCACCUCCCUGUCCAGCCAGCAGGGGGCGCAGAACAACUCCACCGGCUGCUGCCCCCGCCGGGCCCGAAGAAGAGCCGCCAUGAGGCUGGCCAACUCCACGGUGUCGGUCAGCCGAGGCAGCGUCCAGGAGCUGGACACGCUGCACAUCAAGACCACCUCCAUCCCGCCGCAAACCCGUUCCAGUCUGAACGCGCAGGCCGACGACCUGAAGCUGAACUGCGGAGAACAAGACUUCACCGCCGCCAUCAUCAGCAUCCCCACGCCGCCCGCCAACACGCCAGACGAGAGCCUCCCCCCGUCGCCUGCCCCCAUCCCCGGCAUCCUGCGCAACACCCGGGCCACCGCCUACACCCACGACACCGUCAAAAUCUCCUCCUUAUAA